UUCCGGUUUCAGGCGGAAGUGAAAGAAGGGGGACUGUGGAGGUGACCGAAUGGCAGAGCGUAGAAUUAUUCUGUAAACAUUUUGUUAGAGACAAACACACCCAGAGAGCACAUUUUAAUUUUUUUGCUAACUGCGUGUAAAUAUCGUCGGUGCUAUGGGAGCUCACCUCGUCAGGCGGUAUGUCACCGAAACGGACACCGAACCGGACCCAGCGAAGAAAUUUGAGUUCGACCCCCAGUUUGGCUUCGAUGAGAGGAAAGAAAGAGAAAUGGUGGCGACCCAGGAGCAGAUGAACUUGGCCCAGCUGCCUGUGGAGCAGAGGGACUACUGUGCCCAUUACCUUAUAAAACUAAUGAAGUGUAAGAGGGACAACUGGCCCAACUUCCUGGCUUGUAAGCACGAGAGGCAUGACUGGGACUACUGUGAACACCAGGACUAUGUGAUGCGUAUGAAGGAGUACGAGAGGGAGAGGAGGCUCCAGCUGAGGAAGAAGAGAAUCGAGGCUCAGGCCGCAUGAUCGAUAGAUCCCGAUUCUGCGUCUUUGUAUAUACCCGCUGUUGUUCCUAUUAAACAAUAUUGUUUCAGCUCUACAACCAAUAAUGUUGUUUUUGUGCAAAGGUAAACUGCACUGCUCUGCAGACAUCACAAGAAUGUAAAAUCAAGUUCAUAAUGUGUCCUCUGUCCCUGCUUUAAGACAACUCUUGACUGUACUGAUGAUUGGUUAACAUUUUAUAAAAACUUGUAGGCAAAACAUAUAAACACAGAGCAGUUUGUUAGGAAUUUACUGGCAAGACAAAACAAC